UGAAGUUUUUGGUGCGGCAAAAGUGUCUUCGGUUCUUUUUUUGUCGUGAAAAAAAAUUGUACAAAAUUGUCCUGGAACGUAAAGAAAAUUUCACAAAAACAUAACAUCUGUAAUGAUGGACACAUCAUCUUGCUUAAUGGAAAUUGAUGAUCCCAGAUCUUACAUUGACAAGUUGUAUUCGGAUGACAACGAGGAGUGUCAUGACGCACUGGUUAUAUUAAAAAAUGCGGUGAUUGGUAGUAAUCGGCAGAAAGGAGCUGUUAUUUCACAGGGAAUCGUUCCUCGUCUGAUUGCCUUUCUAACACAUGACGAUGUUCCGCUCAACAUUCGUCUAGAUUCCAUCAUUGUCAUUGGCUCACUAGCAAAAGGAACAGGUGAUCAAGCACGAGCUUUAGUUGACUAUAAUAUUGUUAAAAUACUGCUCAGUUUGAUAACUACGCAAAAUGCAGACAAGCAGAUAAUCGAAGUUUGCCUCUGCGCACUGAAGUCAAUCUUUCGGUAUCCCUUUGCACCAACCGGGCUUCUCUAUUCAAACGUGGGAACACUUUCUCAUCUAUUAAGUCUUGCGUCUCCUGACAGUUCCCUGCAAACACAAGCAUGCGUUGCCAAUAUUCUAGUACCACUCUGCCAGUCCUACAACGAGCAAAUGAUCCUUUGUCAGGCCGGAGCGAUCCACUUUCUAUCUCGAAUGAUCACUACACAGCAUGCCGACCUACAAAUUCCUGCGUUGAAGUGCUUGGCUGCAAUGUGCUUUACAAAUCGUUCUGUAUCGGACAUUGUGUGCGCUUCAAAUUUCGAAGGGAAAUCGCUGCCAGACAUUCUAACUUCAUUGCUGUCUCGUAUUUGUGAUUCGGAAGUUCAACUUUCCGCUGCCAGAUGUCUUACAUAUAUCCAUAGAUCGGGCACGUUACCACCAUCGGACAAUAGAAUUGUUUAUAAGACUUUACCGUGUCUAGCACGGCUCUGUACAGAUGAAUUUAAGGAAGAUAUUAGGGCUACGUCGGCGGAAACAUUAGCUUACUUAGCGGAAAUCGACACUCAGCUGCAGCGGCUAGCGGCCAUUAGUAACCAUUUAAUUACAUCACUAUCUCAACUUCUUCAAAGCACAUCACCGCUUCCACGUCAAGGCGCCUUUCGAUGUUUUGCUUCGCUUGGGGCCAAUGAUGAGGACAUCCGAAAGCGAAUCAUUGAGACAAAAGGUUUGAUGGAAAAAGUUCUCGAAGGAUUGGGGGAUGUUUCUCCAGAUGUUCGGCUAGCUGCGGUCAGAUGUCUGCAUUCAUUGUCAAGAUCAGUACAACAACUCCGGACCACCUUCCAGGACCACUCAGUUUGGAAACCAUUGAUGGCCCUUCUAACCGGAUCACCAUCAAAUGAACUUCUCACCGUGGUAACAUCAACAAUAUGCAAUUUACUUUUAGAAUUUUCACCAGCCAAGGAGCCCAUGUUGGAUUCCGGUGUCGUAGAAAUGUUAUGCAAACUAACGGAAAAUGCUGACCCUGCGUUGCGUUUGAACGGGAGCUGGGCUCUGAUGAAUAUGGCGUUUCAAGCAGAACAGCAUGUCAAGUCGAAAAUCAUCGAUACGCUUGGAACAGACAGAAUACUCCAAUUACUAAACGAUUCUGACACUCGUGUGAUAAUGAAAACUCUAGGCUUACUUCGAAAUCUACUGAGCAAAUCCCUGCACAUUGACAACAUCAUGUCGGAGCACUCGGCGGAGGUGAUGCAAGCGUUCAACAUGGUCCUCGAUUCUCCGCAUCCAGCUGAAGUGAAGGAGCAGGCGUUGUGUAUCAUCGGCAAUAUUGCAGCUGGAGCGCAGACUAAAGACUAUGUGAUGGAAGACGAACAUAUACUGAGGCGACUGGGAGAGUUUCUGGUCCAUAGGGAUGGUAAAUUGCAAGCUGGCGCGCUUCUUGCAAUUGGAAACCUCGUGCAUCGCCAUGAUUCCAACGCUAUAGAGCGACACGCGCGGUUAAAGGAGCUGGGGAUAGUCAAUAAGCUCGAGGAACUUUUAAGUAUGACAGCCAAAGAAACAGAAUUUUAUGAAGAGAUACGAUCGGUUAUCAAGCAAAUGGGUUAUUCGUAAUUCGGUGUUAUUUAAUCUUUAAUUAAUAUUAACUAAUUAUUAUUAUUUUUGUUAUAUUCAUUAUAAAGUUACUAGCGUACUGUAUAUUUUU